AUGGGUAUAAGUAUGGUUGGAUUCACCAAAGAUUUGCUCCUUUCAAGUGUGCAACAAACCGAUCAGGGAUUAUAUCAAUGCAUUGUAAGCAAUGCUAUUGGUGAACGAAGUAUGUUCAUCGGUUUAUUGGUUAUGGCUGAAGUUGACUCGGUAAUAACAAAUCUCGAGAUCGAAUGGAGCUCUCAACUUUCAGGUGGUAGUGCAAAUAGUGUACCAUUGCGCAGUGUUCGUUGUGCACCCGAUAAUUGGUGUGUUGCUAAAUGCUGCUCAUCGAAUUACAUAUUUUUUCCUCGACAAAAUUAUACCUUUCAAAUGUCAUUUUUCAAAACGGGUGCAGUCGGAAAAAUUACACCGCUUUCGGAACACGUAACAACUCUAUCCUGGGAUGGAGUAUCACAGAAAGCUAUGGAACUUACAAUAAGUAGAUCAAGUGAAGAGACAUUGGAAAUUUCGUGGGAUCGACCGUCGAUUGAUGUAGCAAAUGGCUUCAUACAGAAAUAUGUCAUCGAAUACUACGAAGAUUCUGAACCCACGCGUCAAAUGAAAAGAAGGGAUAUUUUACCAAACUCAACAUAUUGCCUUUUAAAUGGUAUAAAAUCAGAUGUGAUAUAUCGUUUCCGAGUUAUCCCAGUGACGCGUCGUGGUCUUCCACCUGAUAUAUACUUGAAAUUAAAUUCAAAUUUCACUUUCAUUGGCUAUUUAGUGGAAUCUGUGGAUAAAAACUUUCAUCCCGAUAUUGGGUCGUUACCGAUUGAUAUCGAACAGAGAGGUAGAUCAGUCAUCAUUCACUGGGAAGAAAUGUGGAAAACCUCAAAUUUCACUUCGCAAGAUCCAGAAAAUCAAGCAGUUCUUAUCCGCUAUGCUCGUUCUGAUAUAUCACCAUUGAAAGAAAAAGCGGAAGAAGGAUUAUUCAUCAAUGGAGCCAUGAAUCUAACUGAAAAAUUUGAUACGUCACGAACAUAUCAGUUUUGUAGCCGUCUUUAUGAUGGUCUUUUUUAUGGUCCUGACUUUUGUCGUAUAUAUCGUUUACCACCAACAGUGUUCGCUGAUAUAUUUAGUGGUCUUUCAAGUGGUAAUGGUCUUCCGAGGCCGGUAUUAUGCCAUAAUCGUAAGUUGUUUUUCGAUGAUGAUGUAAAUGAGGAUUUGUUGCUGAGUUGUGAACCAUCUUACGAAUUCGGUGAUGCAAUGCGUGUAACAUGGGAUUGGCCGAUAGACGAUCAUAGUGCGGAUGAAUUCCUUGUACAUUAUACUUUGAGUGACAGUAUUUUUCCUGAAGAUGACAGAUUGGUUAUUACCGAUGAAGCAUUCGCAGAUUUGCCAAGUCUUCGAUCUAAUACAACGUAUCGUGUAAUGAUAGAACCGAGGAAUAAAAUGGGCGGUGUUAAAGGUUCUUGGUUCAAUUGUACUACUCCUAUUCUAAGACAAAUUCCGGCACCGACAGGGGUAAUAUAUGAAGAAUUGAAUGCCACAGCCGUCCGAGUAUCUUGGAAUCCGAUUCAUCCAAAUCCACGUUGGAGUACGCCUGUUGGUUAUGUGAUACAGGUGCAGUCGUCAUCAACUUCUGUAUCAUCCGUAAAGGAUAUUCUUGUUGAUGGAAUUAGUGCAGCAAGCUACGUUAUAACACUACAACCAAACAUGUUGUACACUUUUCAAGUGGCCGCACGUUCGAGUACUGGUGAUUUGGGACAGCAUUCCUCUCCCUAUCCGUUUGCACCAUCACAUACCGGUAAAUCUGAUGGAGUAGAUGUUAAAAAGACGAAAAUAUUUCCGAAAUCGAGUCGAGAAGGGAUAUUAAUUGGGAUUGUUUUGAUAGUUGGCUUACUAACAUUGUGUUUCGGCGGUAUUUGUGCCCAUCUAAGGUUAAAACGACGUAAGCUUGAAAUGGGCAUGAAUGCUAAUGCAGCUAAUAGAGGAAUAAAUUCAUCAUGCAAUAAUAAUACAAAUUAUGAAAUGGAAUCACUGAUUACACGACGGCGAAGCGAAUUGAUUGAUACUGCUGAAAGCAAUGGUGUGUGGAAUGCGCCAAGUGAUACAGGGAUGCGUAAUCAGUUGAAUCUACCAAACAGUAUAUCAAAUGAGGUAGAAGCGAUAUAUUUAGAUACGAAGGGUGGUGAACAGGGCGCCUUACCAAGUGGACGAGAUAAAUAUCUGAGAUUAUUGAAUGAUAAAGAGCAACAGCGAUUCAAGGAGUGCUUUUUAUUUAAUGGUUUAUCAAGGCAAUCAUAUGUCAAGAACCACAUAUCUUGCAGAAAGAAGACGAGAAUUGUAAGCCAAAAUGAACCAUUCGUGAUUAUGGCGAAAAAAACGAACAAAUUGCUGGAUUCGAAAUGGAUGCGUGCAGCUUGUGGUAUCUCAGAUCCAUGGAGUGGAAGCUUGCCAUCUAAGAAACGAUUGGUGGGAGUUGAUUCUCUAUCAACAAGGGCAACAAAGGCAUGUUACCUAAUGACAGGCCACAUAUCAAUAAGCGCUUUUGAGAUUAGCAUUAUGAUGCCACAUAUAUUAUCGAAAUUGACUGCUUUGUCAGAUGUAACGCAACAGAGUGCAAUAAGCUAUAUAGAAUCGCUAGAUCAAGCGACUUCUUACACCAGUCUUAUUUGUCCACGAUCAACUUCGGUACAGUCACUUUAUGAGCAGAACGGUUUUAUCAAGCGAAGAAAUAGUAAUGUUAAGACAAGCGCUCCUAUUACGACUAGUAAUUAUAUGAUUUAUCCAUGCAACACUCAUUCCAGUCAAUCUCUAACUUGGUACGAUGCUGGAUCAGUUGAAAGUGAUUGCAUUAUGCGGCUACCUCGUGAUGCAUCCAAGAAACACGGUAAUAGCAACAAGGAGACAACGGCUUUUUGUUGUUCAUCAAUGCCGAAUCUCACUGAUUCGGGAAUUGUAUAUGAUGAGAUGCAUUCUCCUCAUCCACCUCCUCUUUCACCGCCUUCAUUGGUCAAUAAGCAUUUGGAAAGAUAA